CCCCCCCCCCCUCCACCCACGGCUCACAACGCACCAAAGACACACAAAAUGGAACAGAAACUUCCUGGCUGAGGAAAAUUACGCUUACUUAAUAUUAUGCUCAAGGUGGGGUGUUGUCGGUGUAUUUGAGGAAGUAAUAGUAAGACAGGUCGACUGAAAGCUCGGAGAAAGAGGAUUAAACAUGUUUUGGACGUUAAUUGUCGCGGCCUUGAUGGCAACAGAGUCCGCCGUGGGCAUCUCGGUGCAGUGUCCCACCAAGAGGUACGUCGUCAUCCUCUUCCAGCCCGUCACCCUCACCUGCAACUACCAGACGACGGCCACUCAGUCCCCCGUCGUCACCUGGAAGUACAAGUCGUACUGCCGCGACCCCAUCCAGGCCGCGUUGAAUCCCAGCAGCGCCGAUUCCAUCCUGUCCCAGAACAACCCCAACUUCGACGCCAACAUCGAGUGCGCCGACAGCCAGAGGACGGUGCGCAUCGUGGCCUCCAAGCAGGGCAACGCCGUGACCCUCGGGGCGGAUUACCAGGGGCGCAAGAUCAGCAUCCUAAAUAAUGCAGACCUCAAUCUGGCACAGACGGCGUGGGGCGACAGCGGGGUCUACGUCUGCUCCGUGAUCUCCUCCCAGGACCUUUCAGGGAACGGAGAAGACUUCACGGAGCUUAUCGUCCUGGACUGGCUCCUCGUCGUUUUGGUGGUUUUGGGGUUCCUGUUGCUGCUGCUGCUGAUCGGGAUCUGCUGGUGUCAGUGUUGUCCACACACCUGCUGCUGCUACGUCAGCUGCCCCUGCUGCCCUGAGCGCUGCUGCUGCCCCCGUGCACUGUACGAGGCCGGCAAAGCGGUGAAGAAGGGCGGCGUGCCGAUGAGCCAAUACGCGGCCACCCUCUACGCUCCCAGCAUGUACGCUCAGCCGGCGUACGCCGGCACAACGUACGGCGGGCCGCCGUCUCACCACCCUGGCAUGCCCAUGCUGCCCGUGCCCAACGGAUCCGGACCCCCGCCCCCCCACAACGGUUACGGCCGGGACUAUGAUGGCGCCAGCUCGGUUGGACAAGGCUCCCAGGUGCCUCUGCUGCGGGACCAAGACAGUGGCGUGGACCCCACUCGCAGUGGCUACCGUAUCCAGGUGGACCCCGAUGGGAACGCCACGCGGGCCAUUUACUACAUGGAGCGGGAGCUGGCCAACAUGGACCCGUCCAGACCCGGCAACUACAACCGGCGUGACUCUCAAGACCCGGAAGAGCCUCUCCAGGCCCGCCCGCCCCUGGCCACCGUCUACGACCGGGACGAAGCCAUGAGCACCAUCAGCAGCGUGUCCCAGCAAGGCCAGCGCCACGGCGGCGGGGGCGGUUACCCGGGUGACCGCAUGCGCGCUCGCUCCAUGGACAACCUCGACGACAUCGGGCGGCGCUACGGCCGAGACGACCCGCCGCCCAACAGGCGGCCGGAGGAGUUCAGAGGCAGGAGAGGCUCCGAUGACGGGUGGAGCAGCAGCGCCCGCAGCGGCAACAGCCGCGACUUUGACGACCGCCGGCGCCGCGAGCCCUCCCCCGACCGCAGCCGCAGAGGAGAUGACGGGCGCUACAGGGGCAUGGAGGGCAGACGCAGCCGCAGUCGCGACGACCUGAUGGAGCUGGCGAGGGAACGCGAGCGCGGCGGCGACGCCCGCGGCCGGCGGGACGACUACGACGACGGGCUCCUGCGGGAGGCCAUGGAGAGGAAGAAGCUGGGCGAACAGCAGAGGGCGCGCAGCCGGGAGCGGCUGGACAGCGAGAGCGACCGCUCGGAUCGGGCGAGGGCGCCGCGCGGGCCCCCGCCGCUCCCCCACACGCCGCCCUCAGGGCACCCUGCUCGCCGCGGCGACUACCCGCCUCCUCCACCGCCGGUGUACAGCGAUGACGAAAGCAUGUCUUCUUCGAAAAGAAGCAACCUCCGCAAGAAUGGAGCGGUGAGCCGGGAGAGCCUGGUGGUGUGAACCAUCAUAAUGAGCAGCUUGGAUCAAAGACUGUAAAUACUACUCACAGUGCUAAUGCGCUGUGCUGAUUCUGUUUCCUUUCCUUUUUUUAUUGCAUCAUUUACAGUAAUUUGUUUAAGAGUUGAUCCUAAAUAUGUAUGUAUAGUUUUUUUUAAACAGAUUUUGUGCAUUUCUUUGGCUGCCACAAGUGCCUUUUUGGAGUAUUUUAGAGUUCUAUGUGUGGAUGAAUGAUUCUCUCUGAAGGUGUUUUACAUCCUCACGAGCAAACCGAUGUUUUACACUCUACUUUCAGUUGCCUCAUACUGGUGCUGAUGUAGAUUUGUAGGGGUCUAUCGAUUCUUCAGGCUUUUUACUUGUGAAAAAUGUAUUGUUUUUAUAAGAAAAUCUAUAUACAGUCAAAGGGAUUGAUUUUAUCUUCUGCUUUUAACUUUCCAUUGCAGUUCUUCUGAAUGUCUUUUGAAAACCUGGUGAACCAAAGCUUUGGUUAGAACAUGUAUUCACAUUUAAUUUGGAUUAAAUGUUAAUGUGAUUCAUUUUGAUUUCUUUUUAAUGCACAAUAUCUGCGUUUUGAGUUGCAGUAGGUUGUACAGCCGACUACUAACACACUCUGACGGCACAAAUGUCUAUUGUGAACUGAUGAAACCUAAUUCCACAAUAAAGGUCCCUCGUCAGCCCACUUCUUUGACUGCCAGUGUUUCACCACUAGAGGGCAGCAUCUGUCACUAAGAUGUGUUUCUCUGGAUAGAAACUCCCAUUUGUUUGGUAAUUGAUGACUUAGACACUGAUUGCUCUCAUUGUUUAUUACUGUAUGUUCACUACUAGCCUUAGUCGGUUCCUCCUUUUUGUCUGCAGACCUUUUGUGCGAUUGUUAUACUGAAUAUAUUUCUUGUGUAGGCUGGAGGAAGCAGAGGAGACACAGUACCACUGGUGUCAAAAAAUAUCAUUUCAGUUCACGGUAAUUGUGAUUUAGGAGCCAAAGGCUGCUUUAGGGUUUUAUUCAAAGUUUCAUAUCAUCGGUGAAAAUCCCCAAUAAAACCCAUUUACCUGA